AGCGACAGCUCUGACGUUGAUCACGGCGUGAUUCGAUAGCUCCGUCGUUACAAUUUUCUGCUUGUCUACUCAGCCCUUAUUCCGUUGUCAAUCAACCAACCCCGAUAGAACACCUCCGUGUACACAAAAUCUCCAGACAUGCCUCCUCCUCCGAGACAAGUCGGCCAUGGCGCCGCCCCCUCCAACAUGGACAAGCUGAAGAUGGGAGCAAUGAUGGGAGGAACUGUCGGUGCCAUUAUGGGUUUUAUUUAUGGCACCGUUACUGUUUUCCGCGGAGGCGCUGGUCCCAACGGUAUCAUGAGGACGAUAGGCCAAUACAUGCUUGCUUCGGGGACCACUUUCGGAUUCUUCAUGGGAAUCGGAAGUGUUAUCCGCUCCGAUGCCUCCCCAAUUGCCCAGCAAGCUUAUUUCCAGACUCGACCGCGACCCUUGAUCAUGGCUUCCCACCGUGCGUUCAGACCUCAGCCGAGCACCAGGCGGAACGACUGAACCCAAACAAUAAUUAGUCUCCAAACUUGACUUCGGGGUUUGUCAUGACCAUCCCACAAGACGGCUGGAUCUACGCAAGCACACGUGUCUACUGUAUACCUACAUAUCUUGAUUCUCACAUGUUGUUGUUAAUGCAAGGCUGGACAAGACACAAAAGUCUUUACGUCUACAUUGUGUAAUGCAUUCAGUACCUGAUCGUCGAUCACGAACCUCUUAUCAGGAUGCGAGAUGUGCGUCUGUGUACCAACGCAAUGGAAAAAAAAAAGGGGGCCCCACAGAACAGAGCCUGUCAAAUCGAACCAUCAUCGUGGUGCGAAUCCGGCAAGAUCUCUAGUCUACGGGUGUAGGGUUUGUUUCGGCUUCUGUCUGUGUUGUCUAGCCUGCCCACAUCACGCCAGAUCCAAUUUGCCCGCCCAGAUCCUCGACGACGUCCUGCAAGGUACAGAGUUGUCUCUUCAGACGAGAGGCGGGCCUAAAUCCUACUCACUACCCUAACUUGCUUUCGAGGGAACAGGCAAAGAGGCAACUCGCCGAAGGGGUUUUGUUUUUGUUUCCCGCCUGCAGCAAGGUGCACGGGCUAGUGCCAACGACUCUCGAGUGCCAUCCUUCCUUCUGGCGUCGGUGCCCAGCAAGUUGCCGACAUUUCCGCGCCCGGGACGCGAAAAAGCCGAGCGCAAAUGCAGGUUGUUGAUUUUCAGGAUCAAAGUUGUCAUGGGAAGGAGGUGGGCUGCUCAGGGCCCAAUUUAGGCGCAAAAUUACACAACGCGCUCGCGCGUGUGUGUAUGUUCUUCGGAACGAUAGAGUUGGGUUUACGAACCGCCCUCUUACUGCACUCUCAUGUCAGCAACCCUCAGCGACCAGCAUCAGCCUUGAAAUGGAUACCGGCGUGUACGUACGUCUUUACACGUUGACAAUAUAUUGCAGUCCUUGAAAACAUCCGAAUGUUUAGCAGACAUGGUCAGGAUGGCGGCAAACCAGACAAUAGAACGGAA